UUAUUGAUAUAGGGCGAUAUGUCUGUAUCAUCUCCCUUAGAUGGCUGCUGCAUAAGUACAAGCUAUGGGUGCAUUGGUAUGUGUGUCAGCAUGUGAGCAGGGGUUAGCAGAGGAGAGGGAUAUGAAUGGGGCAGGAUGGAUGCAUGCGGAAAAAUGAAUGAGGUAGAGAGGGGGAGAAUGAGUGUGAGGAAUGACGCAGUGAAAUGGGGGAGGUCACUCCAUGACUCCCAUUAACUCACUACAUGCCACUUAACAGGAAACCUCUUUUUAUAUUAACUGCUUAGUGGUACAGUGGAAAGGGUUACAGGCAGGGGAUUUUUUUUUUCCGUUCCUUUGGGGAAAUAACAUUUUCCCUGCCUCAAUAAUGAAUGAUUUGAAAUAUAUGCAUCAGUGCAGAGAUGCAUCCAAUAUACAGCACAGCUAGGAAAAGAGUCAAUGCAUUUCUCUUCUUCAUUCUUUCUUCACCUUUUUCUCAAUUUUUUUUUUUAAAUGUUUCACUCUUUCUUUGUGUCCAUCCCUCUCUCUCUCCCUAUGUAUUUAUAGCUUUCUCUCCCUCACUCCCACUCACUCCCCCUCUCUCCACCUUCUCAGCCCCUGAUUGGUUUGCAACCUGUGUGCCACUGUCAGACAAAUGCUUGAUACGGGGAGAUAGAGACACAGGGAGACUGAAACAGAGCGAACAGGUUAAAGGAAGGAGCAUGAAAUUGGAGAGCCAGUAGGGGAAAAAAAGCACCUGUACAGGUGAAACUGACCCAAGCAAGUCACCAGGGGCUGCAAAGAACACCUCUGCCUACUUGUAAGAGGCACACAACUGUUUGCUUUCCUAAUUAGUGAGCCACAUCUGAUAUAGGAGACACCUUGCACAGAUUAUCAACAGCUUGGCCUACUGAGGAUGCAGCCUAUUUGAAGAGAAUCAUUCACCUUCUGCCAAGAAGACAUAACAUAAAAUGGACAACCACAGCCACAGACCCCUAUGGCAGUAUAUUGUUGAGAAGAAAUAAAACUUACUGAUGCAUGUUUUAGCCCGCUGUUCAAGAAAUAUGCUAAAAAAAACACAUUGUUCCUCACUACAGUUAGAUUUGUAACAACACAAAGUCAACAUAUUAAUGAGAAAGGCCAACCAAAAGGCUUUGGAAGAAACAGUUGUGAUUCCAAACGAAAUUAUUCAGGCAUCUACUAAAAACUGGUAAUAUUUCAUUGUGGAAGAUGAACAAUCUAUGCUUAUUUUUUUUCAAAAGAGAAAAAUAGAAUAUGGCAAUAUUUAUUAAAAUAAAAGAUUUACAGAAAUAAGGAGGGACAUUAUUUAUGAAAAAAUACCAAUAGCCAAAAACAACCAUGUUCUGACGUGUGCUCAAAAAUGACACCAACAUCCCCAACUAGCCUUCUUCCAAGCUUCUUCGCAGACAUUAACACAACUCUAUGUGCCAAUGUUUCAGCUACUCCAAACGUGGCUGCCCCAGGGCUUCUCAUUCCACUGGUAUACUUAGUUGUAUGUGCAGUAGGAUUAUGGGGUAAUACCUUGGUUAUCUACUUAGCAUGGCGAAGUCCUGCUGGACAGAACUCUGUCACUGCUCUCUAUAUUCUAAACUUGGCCCUGGCUGAUGACCUUUUCAUGUUGGGGUUGCCCUUUCUUGCUGCCCAGAGUGCUAUGUCCUACUGGCCAUUUGGAUCACCAGUAUGCACAAUCGUAAUGGCUCUGGAUGCUGUCAAUCAAUUCACAAGCAUUUUCUGCUUAACUGUACUAAGUAUAGACAGAUAUCUAGCUGUGGUUCGUCCCAUCAAGUCAAUAAAAUGGAGAAGACCCAACGUGGCUAAAUGUGUCAAUGUAACUGUUUGGAUUGCUUCUUUCUUGGUUGUACUACCAGUAGUUUUCUUUGCUGGAGUUCCAAAGGAGUCCGGAAUGUGUCAUAUCGCUUGGCCUGAACCACAACAGGCCUGGAGGACUGGUUUUAUCUUGUACACUGCUGUACUUGGGUUCUUCUGCCCAUUGCUUGUGAUCUGCGUAUGUCAUAUACUUAUUGUGGCUGAACUAAGAAUAUCUGGAAAUCGGGUUAGGGUGGCUCCAACUCGACGACAGGGUCCUGAACGUAAGGUAACUAAGAUGGUGGCCCUUGCAGUGACUGCCUUCAUCCUGUGUUGGCUGCCCUUUUAUGCCUUAAACAUUAUUAAUCUGUUGUGGCCUCUACCUGCAGGUCCAAGGUUGUAUGGACUUUACUCCUUUGUGGUAGCUCUCUCCUAUGCUAACAGCUGCCUGAAUCCUAUUAUUUAUGCCCUUCUAGCUCGUCCAUUCCAACGAGGCUUGAGACGUGUUUUUUGUAGGACAUCUGUAAGGGUGGCUGAUGGAGAUACGCAUGGACCUAAUGAAACAGUACAAAGAGACCUUAGCAGAGUUAGUGGCAUUUCUCAAGAUAGAAGAAGUCCAAGAGUGGACAGAGUGGAUGAAAAUGGGCAGAGAGCUGGAGCUGAAGAAUCUCUGCAGCAGGAAGUUGGACCAUCAUCACAAAACGCUCUACCAGAGGAACUAGGGGCAUCUGAAAAAGAAAAUAUGCUAGGCAUAAGCUAUUUAUAGCCAGAAAAAAAGCCUGAGUAAAAAAACAAACAAAAAAAAUGCAUUCUAAAUAAGAAAUGAAAAUCACUUUUCAAUAUCAAUGAUAAAAUUCCGUCUAUUUGAUUCUGUGGGACCUGUUUUCUGGAAUAUCUGUUAGCUUUAUUUAAAAAAAAAAAAAAAAAACUUCUGAGAAAACCUUAUUAUAAAAGAACUGUAUGUAGGUAAUUUUAUGGAAAAAAUAUUGAAAGAAGUUGGUCAAAGGUUUAUCACAGAUCUUGAUAACACUUCAGACUUGUCAAUGCUACAGCUAAGGUUUUGAGUGACACUGACAGCUCAUCCAAAAACUUGACUUCAAAAGAUGAAAGUUACUUAGGCAAGUACGAUGAGUGUCUUAGAUUGUAACCUCUGCAGGCCAGAGCCUCAAUGAGCCAAAGAACUGCAACUUAAAUAAUGUAAUCAAGUACUGUAAUAUUAUUUAUCUAGUAAAGAUGUCCUACUUGUUUCCUUUCCAGCUAUGGACAAACUAAAAUCUGAACUUAUUGUUAAGUGCGUUGCCUAGUAUGUCAUGCUGCAGCUUAAAAACUAACAUGCCAAAAAGUGCUUGCAUUUAGGGGUCAGUCCGCUCAAAUGUAAUGUUUAAUUAUAGGAGGAGCCUAGUGAGCUAAGUCAUAUGUCUUGGAUAUUCUGACAGUAAAAUGUCCUUGUCACUUUCUGUCACCUUGGUAAUGUUGGCUGUUUCUGCCUACCUUUUUGUAUUUCAAUAUCUUCUUCAUUCUUUCAUUCUUUAUCAUAUAAAUCUAGCAAAAGUUUUCCUUAUUUGUUGUAAUCAUGUAAUAUCUAUUUUAUCUAUUGGUAUGGCUAUACAUGUACAAAGCAGCUUCUAAAAAAAUUGAGCUGUGUAAAAUCUACAUAAAAGCAGAAUGCAAUGAUUUGCAAAUCUCA